AACACACUGAAGCUGUUGAGACUCUGAGCUGUGUCCUUCUCCUGUUGCUGUUUGGGGUUCAAAACUUGUUGGAGCAGUUUUUCUUUCUUGUCGGAUCAGUUUUACUAAGUGCUGCUUGUGAAAGUUGGGCUGUGCUGGUCAGCACCAACACUGAAAUUCAUCUGGCAUCGUUCAACACCAUGAGUUCCAGCUAAUUUAAAGUGUGAGGUUAACCACGGCAGGCAACAUGAGGGUGCAAACUUUCCCAAGAGUGCAAAUUCUGCAGGCGUUUAAUUCGAGAUGCCAGACUCUCGUCGCCAACGACAACAGAGGCUUUAAGCAGGAGUUUGAGGAGCUUGAGAGAGUUGGUAAAGACCUCCCCUCCAGAGCAGGUGACUUACCGGCCAACAGAGAAAAGAACAGAUACCCCUACAUCCUGCCAUAUGACCACUGUCGCGUGAGGCUGUCCAUUCAGAACUCCCAACCACACACUGACUACAUCAAUGCAAAUUUUGUGCCUGGUGGAGGAUCAGAAAGAGACUUCAUCUGCACCCAGGGUCCUUUGCACAACACCAUCGCUGACUUCUGGAGGAUGGUGUGGGAGCAAAACGUCAGGAUAAUCGUCAUGGUGACAGCUCUGAGAUGCAAGGACAUAGUACUGUGUGACAAGUAUUGGCCUCUGGAACAAGGGACAGUUUAUCAUGGACUGAUCCAAGUGACAACAGUGACCCGCAAACAAGGUCCAGAUUAUUUUAUCACCACCAUUAACCUCAGACAGAGAGACUGUCCAACAGUCAGGAUAAUCACACACUACUACUACCCUGCCUGGCCGGACCGGAGCGUCCCUAAAGACCCAUCCUCACUCUGCGCUUUCACUGAGCAUGUGCGGCAGAAAUUGGAGGAAAUUCCACGCCUGGGGCCGGCCGUGGUGCACUGCAGUGCAGGUGUGGGGCGUUCAGGAACGUUUGUGACGCUGCUGUGGCUGAUGCAGCUGUGUGCGAGGGGCAUCCAGCCUGAUAUACGGGCUGCUGUGGAGGAUCUACGGCUACAUCGCAUGUGGAUGGUCCAGAAUCUGGAGCAGUACAUAUUUGUUCAUCAGUGUCUACUGCACUGGCUCAGUGGAGGAACCUCAGCAAGCAGGCCACCAAUUCAGAGAGCCGGUUCAAAUAUUAACCACAACAUUCAAGAUCAGCCCCACAGAUCCUCGGGGCGGGGGGGCCAAGCGGGGAGGAGGAGACGUCACCAUCAGCGACAGACACCUCCUGCGGACCAACCACAGAACACAAUGCAGCAGAUUUUAAACCCCGGGAAGCUGCUGAGGAGGUUACUGCCUUCCUCGUCUCUGUUUAAUCCUGGCUCACACGCCUCCUGAAGUCAUGCUGUAAAGCUGAGAAUACAAAAACAAGCAAGAACAUCAUGUAUGCCUUUAUACAGCAUUUAAGAAGGAAGGAGAGUGCAGAAAUAAUGCAGUGUGUGCUGUUCGACGUCGAGCCCUGCAGGCGGGAAACUGGCCUGACAAUGUGCAAAUACAUGCUGGUGAAGAAACCACAGACGCUGCAGUUCCUCCUGAUACAAUGAGGAAAAACAUAAAGGAAGAACCUGCCGUACGGGUCGAACCUGAUCCUCCACUGUGAAUGACUUACCAUGAGAUUAACAAGGACAAUGACGAGACUGCUCCCUGUACACUGAUUUAAAUACAGAGCUGACUACCACAAGUGGAAUGUAACUAAGGACAUUUACUCAAGUACUCUACUUAAGUACAGUUUUGAGGUACUUGUACUUUACUUGAGUAUUUCUAUUUUAUGUUACCUUCUAUUUCUACUCCGCGUCUCAAUGGGAAAUAUUAUACUUUUUACUCAACUACAUUUAUUUGAUAUCUUUACUGUUGUUACCAAAUAUAAAUCAACUAACUGAUCACGGUGUGUAAAUAUAAACUACCCAGCAGUAUUAGUAACUAAUUAAAAUGAGUUCCACUUUUACAUUAAAGUGAUGAACACA